GUGAGGAGCGCGGUGCGCAUGCGCAGAGACGUUUGAAGAUGGCGGACAAAGAGAAGAAGAAGAAGGAGAGCAUAUUUGACCUGUCAAAGUACAUCGACAAACCCAUCAGAGUAAAGUUCCAAGGUGGACGUGAGGCAAGUGGUGUCCUAAAGGGUUUUGAUCCUCUGCUGAACCUGGUGUUAGAUGGCACAAUUGAAUACAUGCGUGACCCUGAUGACCAGUACAAGCUGACGGAGGACACCAGACAGCUCGGCCUGGUGGUCUGUCGAGGGACAGCAGUUGUGUUGAUCUGUCCGCAGGAUGGCAUGGAGGCCAUUCCAAACCCUUUCAUCCAGCAGCAGGACGGCUAACACAUGCACACAGCCGCAAACACGACCUCUCACACUGCACACGUUCAGAUUAUGUGGCUCUUUUCUUAAGAAAAAGUUUGUUUAGGGAAGCGUUGUUUGAGUUUCAGAGUUCAGUUACACCUAAAAUCAUGUAUUCAGAUGUCAUUCAGAAAUUCAGAUGUAAUGUUUUGCGUUUAGCUGUGUUAGUUUUGUUUCAGCCGACUGUAACUUCUGUCGGGAGAUGUUUUAGUUUUGUCUCGUUUCUAUCGGGUGAAUGAUGAAACUGCUGAGUCAUGCGUUCUCUUUGUGUCUAAAAGCACGUUGUGCUCACCUUAUAUUUUUAGUAAUUGUUUUAAUAUUAAAAUUGGACAUUCGUAAAAUGUUUGGAGCUCUCAUUUGAUAAUCUUUUUCCAAUAUGAAGUAUUAAAACUUUUUCUUUA